GUUAAGCAGAGGCUUCUAAAGUCAGAAAAUCUGUUUUCUUAUGUAUUGAAGUGUUCAAAUUAUCGUGGCUCAAUUUUAUAUUUAGCCAUGUAUCAUUGCGGUUUAUUGCUGGUUUUAUUGGAUCUGUCUUUAGAUGUGGUUGGGAGUGUUUCUCAAUUAGAAAUUGACAGACAUUUGGAACUAGGUAGAGAAUUUUUAGUAAAUGGGCAAUUACAGGAUGCAUUAUCACAUUAUCAUGCAGCUGUUGAGGGAGAUCCAAAUAAUUAUCUGACAUACUAUAAAAGAGGUGCAGUGUAUCUAGCAUUAGGUAAAGCCAAAUUUACAAUUCUUGAUCUUGAUAAAGUUUUAGAAUUGAAACCAGAUUUUACUUCUGCAAGAUUACAACGUGGUACUGUAUUGCUUAAACAAGCUCAGUUUGAUAAGGCAGAAGCUGAUUUUCGAGAUGUGUUGGCUGUUGAACCACAUAAUACAGAUGCUUUAAAUGCCUUAUAUAAAAUAGCACCUACCCAAGAAGAUUUGUUAAUGGUAGACAGAUUAAUGAGAGAUGGUGAUUAUGUAGCAGCAGCACAACAAAUUUCUAGAAUUAUUGAAGUAUGUCCAUGGUCAGCUGAACUUAGAGAGCGCAGAGCUGAAUGCUAUGAAGCAUUUGAAGAUUAUGUUAGUGCUAUUUCUGAUGUGCGUUCUACAACUAAGUUACAGUCUGAUAAUACACAAGGAUUUUUCAAAUUAGCUAAUUUGCACUAUCGUGUUGGACAAGUGGAGGAGUCACUGAAGGAAAUUCGAGAAUGUUUGAAACUUGAUCCGGAACAUUCAAAGUGUUUUGCAUUUUACAAGAAAGUUAAGGAAGUAGCAAAACUGUUAACAAAUGCAGAAGAAUCUAAAAAUUCAUCAGAUUACGAUAAAUGUAUAGAUCCAGCUCAACGAGUGCUUAAACUUGAACCAAAUGUAGCCAAUGUGCAAUUCAUUGCACAUCAAUUACUUUGUAAAUGUUAUACUAGUAAGUCGGAAGUAAGUCAGGCACUUAAAAGUUGCCAAGAAGCAUUAAAAAUAAGAAAAGAAGCUGCAGUAUAUUGUGAUAGGGCAGAAGCGUAUCUUGCUGCAGAGAUGUUUGAUGAUGCAAUUAGAGAUUUUAAAGAAGCCUUAGAAAUUGAUAUGAGUUUGCAAAGGGCAAGGCAAGGUCUUCUUAAAGCGCAACAACGACAGAAACUUUCCGAAUCACGAGAUUAUUAUAAAAUUUUGGGUGUGCCAAGAACAGCAUCUAAACGUGAUAUAAUUAAAGCAUAUAGGAAAGCUGCACAAAAGUGGCAUCCUGAUAAUUUUCAAGAAGGAGAAGAAAAGAAACGCGCAGAAAAAAGAUUUAUCGACAUUGCAGCUGCCAAAGAAGUUUUGACUGAUGAUGAGAAACGAGCGAAAUUUGACCAAGGAGAAGAUCCAUUAGAUCCGGAAUCAGGGAAACAUCAACAAGGUUUCAAUCCCUUCCAAGAAUUUCAUCACUUCCAUGGUUCUCCCUUCCAGUUUAAGUUCCACUUUAAUUAACUAUUUUUUCACUUUCAUGGUACUAGCCCAAAUAAAAUUUCUAAAUUUUCAUAGUGUCGUUAUGCAUGUGACAUGACUUUUGCUACCUUAACUAAAAUUUAAUUUUGCUGAUCUACCUCGUCGGUAGUUAUAUGUCUUGUAUCUGCGUGGAAUCAGAAGACUGUAAUACGAAAAAUUGUCAAUCAGUAAGUAAAAAAAAGCGAUCAAUAGUUAAUUAAAACGCGCUGUAGGGGUUAAAUAAAGAUUAAGUUAUUGUCUGAAUUAUUGUAAAUCAUAAUGUUCUUGCUAUUACUU